AUGUGGACCCUCCAUGAUAACUACAAUGACUCCAUUUCUCAUUGUUGGUCAAACUCAAUUGUUGGAUGUCCAAUGCAUGUCCUCACCAAAAAGUUGCAAUUGCUCAUAAAUAGUUUGAAAUCCAGGAAUUGGGAUAUAUUUGGUAACACUCAUGUCAUUGUCAAGAAUUCUUCUAAUAAUCUAGCCAAGAUUGAGGAUAAGAUUUUUCUUGAUGGCAACAACCCUCAUCUUAGAGAUCAGGAACAAUUAGCUCAGUUGUACCUUGAGAAAUCUUUAGAAGAAAGAAAGAUUUUGGUUGGAUAA